UGCUGGCGAGUCGGGGAGGCCAAGAAAGCAGUCGUUACCUCGGCUGUCGCAUCCUCGACGGAGUCGUGUCGGUUACCUCCCCUGUCUCCAAGCCUGCCGGUAGCCCCACAGGCUCUCGUGUGCUCCCGAUCUCGUCAGCCGCUUACCACGCGCCUUGCCGACCGAGCCUCCUGCAUCAUGUGCGGUAUAUUUGCUUACUUAAACUACCAUGUCCCUCGCACAAGACGAGAAAUCUUAGAGACCCUAAUCAAAGGCCUUCAGAGACUGGAAUACAGAGGAUAUGAUUCUGCUGGUGUGGGAGUUGAUGGAGGCAAUGACAAAGAUUGGGAAGCCAAUGCCUGCAAAAUCCAGCUGAUUAAGAAGAAAGGGAAAGUAAAAGCACUGGAUGAAGAAGUUCACAAACAACAGGAUAUGGAUUUGGAUAUAGAAUUUGAUGUACAUCUUGGAAUAGCCCAUACCCGUUGGGCAACACAUGGUGAACCCAGCCCUGUCAAUAGCCAUCCCCAGCGCUCUGAUAAAAAUAAUGAAUUUAUUGUUAUUCACAAUGGAAUCAUCACCAACUACAAAGACUUGAAAAAGUUUUUGGAAAGUAAAGGCUAUGACUUUGAAUCUGAAACAGACACAGAAACAAUUGCCAAGCUUGUUAAGUACAUGUAUGACAAUCGAGAAAGUCAAGAUAUCAGUUUUACUACCUUGGUGGAGAGAGUUAUCCAACAAUUGGAAGGUGCUUUUGCACUUGUAUUUAAAAGUGUUCAUUUUCCUGGCCAAGCAGUUGGCACAAGACGAGGUAGUCCUCUGUUGAUUGGUGUACGAAGUGAACAUAAACUCUCUACUGAUCACAUUCCAAUACUCUAUAGAACAGGCAAAGAUAAGAAAGGAAGCUGCAAUCUCUCUCGUGUGGACAGCACAACUUGCCUUUUCCCUGUUGAAGAAAAAGCAGUGGAGUAUUACUUUGCUUCUGAUGCAAGUGCUGUCAUAGAACACACCAAUCGUGUCAUCUUUCUUGAAGAUGAUGAUGUAGCAGCAGUGGUAGAUGGCCGUCUUUCUAUCCAUCGAAUUAAACGAACUGCAGGCGAUCACCCUGGAAGAGCUGUGCAAACCCUCCAGAUGGAACUCCAGCAGAUCAUGAAGGGCAACUUCAGUUCAUUUAUGCAGAAGGAAAUUUUUGAGCAGCCAGAGUCAGUUGUAAACACAAUGAGAGGAAGAGUCAACUUUGAUGACUAUACUGUGAAUUUGGGUGGUUUGAAGGAUCACAUUAAGGAGAUCCAGAGGUGCCGGCGUCUGAUUCUUAUUGCUUGUGGAACAAGUUAUCAUGCUGGUGUAGCGACACGUCAAGUUCUCGAAGAGCUAACUGAGUUGCCUGUUAUGGUGGAGCUAGCCAGUGAUUUCCUGGAUAGAAACACACCAGUUUUUCGAGAUGAUGUUUGCUUCUUUAUUAGUCAGUCAGGUGAGACAGCAGACACUCUGAUGGGUCUUCGGUACUGCAAGGAGAGAGGAGCUUUAACUGUGGGGAUCACAAACACUGUCGGCAGUUCCAUAUCAAGGGAGACAGAUUGUGGAGUUCACAUUAAUGCUGGGCCCGAGAUUGGCGUGGCCAGCACAAAGGCUUACACCAGCCAGUUUGUAUCCCUUGUGAUGUUUGCCCUUAUGAUGUGUGAUGACAGGAUCUCCAUGCAGGAGAGACGAAAAGAGAUCAUGCUUGGAUUGAAAAGGCUGCCUGAUUUGAUUAAGGAAGUACUGAGCAUGGAUGAUGAAAUUCAGAAACUGGCAACAGAACUUUAUCAUCAGAAGUCGGUUUUAAUAAUGGGACGUGGCUAUCACUAUGCUACUUGUCUUGAAGGGGCAUUAAAAAUCAAAGAAAUCACUUACAUGCACUCUGAAGGCAUCCUUGCUGGUGAAUUGAAACACGGCCCUCUGGCUUUGGUGGAUAAGUUGAUGCCUGUCAUCAUGAUCAUCAUGAGAGAUCACACUUAUGCCAAGUGUCAGAAUGCUCUUCAGCAGGUGGUUGCCAGGCAGGGACGCCCAGUGGUGAUUUGUGAUAAGGAAGAUACCGAGACCAUUAAGAACACAAAAAGAACAAUCAAGGUGCCCCAUUCAGUGGACUGCUUGCAGGGCAUUCUCAGCGUGAUCCCCUUACAGUUGCUGGCUUUCCACCUUGCUGUGCUGAGAGGCUAUGAUGUUGAUUUCCCCCGGAAUCUUGCCAAAUCUGUAACAGUAGAAUAAGGAACAUCUGAAAUCCUGGGCGAUUAAGCAUCAAAAGACACCUUUUGUAUUUAAAACCUUGAUUUAAAAUAUCACUCCUUUAAGCCUUUUUUUAGUAAAUCCUUAUUUAUAUAUCAGUUAUAAUUAUUCCACUCAAUUUGUGAUUUUUGUAAUUACCUUAUAUUUUUCCAGUAAUUUGUGGGGGAGUUUGAAAAAUGGAAUCUAUAUUCAAAUCAGUAUCAGAAACAGAUUUAGCUCUCAUUUUCUUGAAAAGAUUCUGGGUGCUGGAUUUCAGGACCCUCUACUUCAAUCUGAGAGGAUUGUGUGCUUUAAAAGUAAUUGGCAUUUGUCUUACCAUGCUUUUAUUAAUUCAGACCAAUGAAAGAGGAGUGCAUCUAUUAAGAUCUAAAGCAGUGGUUCUCAACCUUCCUAAUGCCAUGACCUGUUAAUACAGUUGCUCAUGUUGUGGUGACCCCCAACCAUAAAAUUAUUUUCAUUGCUACUUCAUAACUGUAAUUUUGCUACUGUUAUGAAUUGCCAUCGGAAAUAUGUGUUUUCCCCUGGUCUUAGGCGACGCCGGUGAGAGGGUCGUUCGAACCCCAAAGGGGUCGCGACCCACAGGUUGAGAACCGCUGAUCUAAAAACCAGUCGCAAUGAACUUGGACAUUUGAUUAAGGUUUUGCUAAGUUAUAUUACAGACAAGAUGCUGUGAUUUAUUUUGAAAUUUCUGUACUUAAAAAUGGAAAACGUUUCUUGGCGGAAUUUCUACCUAAGUUAGGUUAGCAUUAGUCUCUUAUAUUUGUUGUUUGUUAUCGGUAGUUUAGGAAGCUAAAUAGUAUAUUAGUGCAUUGUUUUUGUCCAGCCCUUAACAGAAAAUAUUUGUACAAUUUCAGAGCACAAACUUUAAAUUUGAGCUGCUUUGAACAACUGACAUAUUGGAUAUCCGACUGUUUUUUCAUCUCCUAAAAGUGGUUUUUAUUUCCUUGUAUCUGUACCUUUUUUAACUCACCGCUGAAGGACAUAUUUUAUCUUCCUCUUUGAAAUCACCACACAGAGUUGUCAUCAAAUGUCUCAAAUUAAAUCAGUAUUGAUAUAUUUAGAAUUCUUUUCAACUUUGUCCCAAAGAAUUUCCUGCAGUUAAUUUAACUUCCCUUUACUGACUUGUAUAAAACUAGUCUAGUACCUUCCUGUGAAUUUGGAAGCUCUUUGCAAUUGUUUGGAAGAUUUGCAAGUCUUUUGACAAAUCAUUUGACUAUAUGGUGAUCGAGGCUUAGGAAAAGCUGUAUGCUUUACACUGAAAUUAAUGAAGGAUUUCAUCAAAUUUAGUACAGGCAUACCUUGGAAAUAUUGCAGGUUUGUUUCCAGACCAUCAUAAUAAAGUGAGUAUUGCAUAGAUGAAUUGUAAUCUUUUUGUUGGUCGAAGGUCUCACCUUCAGUUUAAAAACACAACACCUGUGAAGCACAAUAAAGUGAAGCACAAUAAAGCGAGGUAUGCUUGCAUUACUUUCUAGGUAUUUUUCUCUCUGUAUUUUCUGUGUUCUAUCCCUUAAAUUUAUUUAGGAAUGAAGAAGAUAUAAAUAAAGUGAUAUUGAGGUGACUUUAGCUGGUUAGUGUUAGAAAUGGAACUUAACAAUUUAGAUUAAAAUAUUUAGAGUAGUCUGGC